AAGAGAGCACAAAAUUCGCUGCAUUAAAACAUUAAUUUCAUUUGAAGUACCGGCACGAGAGUUACAUAUAUUUUUCAGGGAAAUAUUUUUUAAAACAAAAAAUGCCCUAUUUGAUUAAACUGCUUUCAUUUUAUGUAUUAGCAGUGACAAUUUCUCCUUGCAAAGCAAGGGCGAGGCUCUCUCAUUCUGGGCUGCAAAGGAUUCAAGUCGAGAAACGCUCUCGUAAGUACUAGUUUCAAAUGUUUGUUUUGUUUCUGCUGUUCUAUAACCAGAAUCCUAGAGACCUUUGAGGAAUCAUCGACAGCCUCAACCAGAAUUCUCUACACGUUUCCCCCUGUUGCGAAAAAAAGUAGAUGUAUGCAAAAAUCCAUUUCAGUGAAAUUAUUUGUGAAUGCAACAAAGAAACACUCAAAUGUAAGCUCCCAGUCUUCAUUUAAACAUUUAUAUAGGUACAGAUGGAAUAAACGAAUAUUUGCAACCUUUUUAAUUACAAGUCGUUGCAGCAUUAAUUGAACUUGUAAUUAGACGCUAAAACUAGAUUCCGAAGAAGAUUAGGUCAACAAUUGGACACUCAAAGAAGGUUAAAAGGGCAUAGUGGAUCAAAUUAGUGGACCGACAACUAAAAUUGCGAAUAGUAUUAGUGCAGUAGUCUUAAACUGAACUUUUGCGAAUAUCUAUUUUAACUCGUAAAGAAAUUUUAAUAGAAUUAAAGCUCAUUUCUCUUUUUAGACAACAGAAAAACAUGCACCUACGUGGAUAACUACUACUGCUCCUACUGGCGAAAUUUGGGUUAUUGUAACCCUGGCAAUUAUUACUACAGUUCCAUGAAAGUCCAUUGUAAGGCAACAUGUGGUUUCUGUGGAGGUAAAUGAAUGAAACAGGGUUAGCAAAGACUGAGCGAGGGCAUGUCGAUCGUCCUCAAUCACAGAACUUAGCUUUACACAUAAUAACUUAUAGUUUCAAUUGACGUCAUACUGUUUGAUCUUCGUUCUUGAACUUGAUCGGAGAUGGUUAUUUCCAUAUUCCAUUCGAUCCGAAAUAUAUUAGCUGGAAGCGAAAAGUCACUCUUCAGAUUUGUUACAAAUAAAACCUUAUUUUUAACUGUCUUCAAGCUGACGAUAAUAUGACAUGAAGAACAUGCCUUUUGUUACACUUAUCAACGAUGACAUUCCUUGAUUCUAGAAAUGAAACAAUUAUAACAACAAAAAUAAAUAUAUCAAGACCAUUUCGUACACAUAUGGUGCUUCUGAAAAGAUGGUUUAUUAGUAUAGUCUAACCUCACUUGUUGUAACCAUAGUUCCUUAUCAGUUUGGAUAUAUUUUCAGUUCCUAAUUAAAGAAUAACUUGUGAUGAGGCAUUAAUUUGUGUAAGUUACCUUGGCCUGUUCACUUUUCAAUUUACCUGCAAAAAAUGUCGCCCAAUCAUUUUACAGAAAAAGACUGUCCAGACCAUAGUUACUGUGCAUCCUGGAGGAGCCAGGGAUAUUGUAACUCAGCUCGGCAUUACCACUUCAUGAAGGCAUACUGUCCAGCUACCUGCAGAUUUUGCGGUAGGUAAUCUUCCAUAACCUUAAGUUAACACUUCCGGGUCAUGAUUUUUGCAGUUUUGCUGUCUAACUGAUUGUAGAGGUAAAUUAACUAUCGCCAAAAAUACGCUCUGGCUCUUUCCUAUGCAAAAAUGACAGAUCACACAAAAGAUUCCUGACACAGCAACAACUGAACAAACAAACUUCAUUCCAACUGCAACCAGAUGAAAUAUGUAUUUUUUAUGCUAUAAGAAAUUUGCACCCAUUAUGAAUGCAUUAAUGCCAGGUUGCUUUUGGGCCAAAAAUGUAUAUAAUUAUUAAAAAAUAAAAAUAAUAACUUAAAAGUUUUUCUAAAAUGAUUACGAUAGCUCCGAUUGCCACCGCGAACUGUUACGCCGUUACGUAUCUACAAGCUUUAAACGUAGAAAUUAGUCCUUUCUUAAUUCUUUAACCACCGCUUUAAUUGUUUUGCGUCCAUAUUGACCCAAGCCUAGUUUACUUUCUGGACCAAUGAUCAGAAAAAUUUGCAAGGACGGACCUUUCCACAGGUACCUCACUACUAAUUUUUCACCAAUCCUGACAGAGUUACACACAAAAAACAAGCAGAAUUUGGGGAAAAAAAUCCACUGCCAAUUUUACCAUUCACCCAGUACUCAUUGCAGGGUAAGUCGCUCCCUUUCCGAAAAAAUGGCCAGCUAAAAUUACAUGCGAAAGAAGGACGAUGAAGUGGGCAACAAAACUGGCUUAUUUUUAUUUUUGUUCUAAGGUUGUGUUCCUCGGAGAGACUUAAACUCCCUUUGUUCUUCUUGGAAAAAGUAUGGAUACUGCAGCCCUAACAAUUAUUAUUAUCGAAAUAUGUUAUCAAACUGCCAAACCUCUUGUGGAUUUUGCAGCCGUAAGUACUUAAACAGAAAUGUGAGUUAUAUUUACCGAAACCCUGUAGCGCUUCUUUAAUAGGUAAUCAGGUUAGCGAGCCUUUUUUCAACCUUCCCAAAGGUCUUGAUCUAAGUUAAUUUUCGUCACUUUAUAUUUCAUAUAGUUUAAGUUUUCAGAGGCGAUACAACUCUUUAAAUUAAUUAUCCCAUUGUUCAGCCAAAAAACACCCGAAAAGCUAAUGAAAUAAUCGAAAAAGACAUUGGGAUCGUUUCGCAUUCUCAAAGAGAUAACUUACGUUAAUAGAGACAGAUAUCUUUCAAAAGACACUUACCUAUCAUUAUUGUUAAGAUGGUAUCAAACUGUCCUUUUUGACUGUUUUCGACAUCAUUUGAGGGCUCCAUCUUCUCUGGUUACGAUGGUGUACUUGUAAGUUUAUCGUCCCCCUUUUGAAGCCAAAUGCUCUUAUACGAAGCGUCUCUUAGCGUUAAUUGUAAUGUUGUCCUUAGCUUUUGGCGCUCCUCGUAAUACCCCAUUGUUGAGGACACUCACGAAAGAACCCCUUACGUGAUCAGGUGACCAAGUCCGACCUGUCAAUUAAUUCGAUGGUUGAAAUCAAGUUUCAUUCUAACAUCCUUUUCCGAAAGCAUUUGGAAACAUUAUUUUUUUUAGUAACAUUCAAUUUCAGUUGAUCUGAGAACGAAAAAGAAAAUUUACGUAUAAAAAUAGCAUGCAGGUAGCCAUUAAAACGUUAGGUAAAUCUUAAAUUCACUUUCAGAGCAAGAGGUAAAAACAACAAAACCCCCAGGAACUACUCGUCCCUCGACCACAAAACGUUCAAGUACCACAUAUAACCCUAAAACAACAGCUGGACCAAGUAUCACAUCUAAACCACCAAGUACAGCUGGACCAAGUAUCACAUCUAAACCACCAAGUACAGCUGGGCCAAGCAUCACAUCUAAACCACCAAGUACAGCUGGGCCAAGCAGCACAUCUAAACCACCAAGUACAGCUGGGCCAAGCAGCACAUCUAAGCCACCAAGUACAGCUGGGCCAAGCAGCACAUCUAAACCACCAAGUACAGCUGGGCCAAGCACAUCUAAACCACCAAGUACAGCUGGGCCAAGCACAUCUAAACCACCAGGCUCAGCUGGGCCAAGCACAUCUAAACCACCAAGUACAGCUGGGCCAAGCACAUCUAAACCACCAAGCUCAGCUGGGCCAAGCACAUCUAAACCACCAAGUACAGCUGGGCCAAGCACAUCUAAACCACCAGGCUCAGCUGGGCCAAGCACAUCUAAACCACCAAGCUCAGCUGGGCCAAGCACAUCUAAACCACCAGGCUCAGCUGGGCCAAGCACAUCUAAACCACUAGGCUCAGCUGGGCCAAGCACAUCUAAACCACCAAGCUCAGCUGGGCCAAGCACAUCUAAACCACCAGGCUCAGCUGGGCCAAGCACAUCUAAACCACCAGGCUCAGCUGGGCCAAGCACAUCUAAACCACCAAGUACAGCUGGGCCAAGCACAUCUAAACCACCAAGCUCAGCUGGGCCAAGCACAUCUAAACCACCAAGCUCAGCUGGGCCAAGCACAUCUAAACCACCAGGCUCAGCUGGGCCAAGCACAUCUAAACCACCAAGCUCAGCUGGGCCAAGCACAUCUAAACCACCAAGCUCAGCUGGGCCAAGCACAUCUAAACCACCAGGCUCAGCUGGGCCAAGCACAUCUAAACCACCAAGCUCAGCUGGGCCAAGCACAUCUAAACCACCAGGCUCAGCUGGGCCAAGCACAUCUAAACCACUAGGCUCAGCUGGGCCAAGCACAUCUAAACCACCAAGCACAGCUGGGCCAAGCACAUCUAAACCACCAGGCUCAGCUGGGACACAUCUAAACCACUAGGCUCAGCUGGGCCAAGCACAUCUAAAGGCAUCACAUCUAAACCAUCAAGUACAGCUGGGCCAAGUACAUCUAAACCACCAAGCUCAGCUGGACCAAGCACCACAUCUAAGCCACCAAGUACAGCUGGGCCAAGCACAUCUACGCCACCAAGCUCAGCUGGACCAUCAACGACAACUGGACCAAGCACCACAUCAAACCAAUCAACGACAUCAGGAUCAAGCACUACAGCGAGCCCUUUAACUACAGAUGGUCCAGAUAGUACCACCUCCUACCCUUUAACCACGGCUGGACCAAGCUCUUCAAAACAAAGUUCGUCAUCUUCGCCUCCAACCUUGACGCCAAGUAAAUCAAUAUUUCUGUAAAUAAUGUGGCUUUAUGUUUUAUAGGAGUUUCAUUUUGAGAAGAGCUAUUUUUUGGUACUAUUCCGGGACUAAUUUUAUAAUUUUUUUAGUAUGGUUUUUCACACUGGGAAUAAAAGUUUGUGAAGAAACUGAAUAAUCAUAAUAACUAGUUCAACGUACGUAGUUACAGAUGUUAGUGCUAGGAACUGGUUUUUGUACAUCAACAUUUACCAUCAGAACUUUUGGGUUAAAUUCCAUUCAAUCUAUGGGAAUUUUCUUUUUCGGAUAGCAAACGUUAAAAUCGUCAGUGGUAUGGCAACUACAACCGCUGAAGUUACCUAGCGUCGAUUUGGUUUUCAUUUAAUCCUUAUCUACCUCAUCUUUUGUAUAUCCAAUCAAAAGAGUGCUUUUCAAUGAAGUCAACUUAUUUUUAAAGUUAAAAGACUGAAAAAAGAGUUCUUUGAGAAUACAAAGGCUGAGCUGAAAGGACGUUCGGAGAGAUAUGUUGUAAUUAAUUGUAAAUUUUGUUUACUUUAGGCAGUGCCUGUUUGAGGGCACAUAAUGAUAGACGUGCUCUUCAUGGAGCUAGUCCACUGAUAUGGGAUAACACGCUUGUGCAGCAUGCUCAGGUUUGGGCAGAUAAUAUAGCUGCGACCGGAGUAGUUCAACAUGACCCUAACCUUGGCCUAGAAGGAGAGAACAUAGCGGUGUUUCAGAGAAAUGAAGUUGCCGACUGUACACACGCUGUACAAGAAUGGUAUGCCUUAAUUACUCCACUCUUUCCUCGCCUUUUCUUAUUAAACGUGAGGGCACACUUUCUCAUACAAGGAAUAUCACUUAACUGGUUUACUAACACACAGUUAAUUCUGCUGGGUAGUAAGGGUAGCUUCCAAAAGUAACCAAGGACGUAAAGUACGUGAAGGAGUAUUAAUACACUUCUCCUCCUUCGGUAAAUGGAACAAAUGCCUUUUUCUUUGGCCAUGUGAGGAGUAUUUACUUUGUCUAAUUAGACAACUUGACGAUAGUGACAAAAUCACAAAGAUCCGAAAUACACAAUUACUCAAGAGGGGAGCGGGAGCUCGAUAGUGCUAAAUGGAGAGCUUGCCCGCAGGCUAUACUGUUUCAAGAUAAAAUAACUUCUAUUUUCUUACUCGGCGUAAGGUACAACGAGGAGCGAUUGUACGACUACGACAACCCAGGAUUUCAUCCAGACGUAGGCCACUUUACGCAGGUAAGGCUAAUCGAAUCAGUAUAUUUAGCAGAUUAUUACUUAUCAAGAAACAAAUUUUCAUUUUUAACUUUUUAACAUUAACAAAUUUUUUACCUGUGCAAUCCGUCUACACCGAACCGUGGAAAUUCUGUUACAGAUUGCAGUACUGUCUGCAGUUCAGAAACUUGCACGGUUUCUCGGGUCCCUUGUAAACGAAAGGCGGAUCUGCGCAAGUUUUCGUGCGUUCAAAGAUUUGUCCUGACCUUUGAAAAAGGGGGUCAAAGAGUUUGUUGCAUCCUACUCAAAUAAAGACGGGUAAGUAGGCUUCUUUACGUUCUAUUGACAUCAUGUGAUAUUCUUCUGAAGCUGUCCUUCCUUAAAAAUAAGGGUGGCUUCGUUUGUAACAUACUGAUAUACCUGUUGCAUACUAGCCUGGGUGGCUGGCGUUGAAAGGGGAAGGGGAAGGAGGAAUUUGGGCGCGCGCGAGAGCGCGCCCCACACGCUCACGUGCGCGCCCAAAUUCCCCCUUCCCCUUUCAACGCCGCCCACGCAGGCUAGUUGCAUACCGACCCUAAAAGCCUCCUUUUGGCUUUACGUAUACAGAAUUAACAAUGUCGUUGAAGCAAUUUUAUCAAAAUAUAAUUAGAUCGUUUGGAAAGCAACCACGGCAGUUGGAGUCGCUCAAAGGUCAACAGGUUCAGGCUCUUCAAAACUCACCUACAUUGUGGCUCGUUAUCUUCCUGCUGGAAAUGUCAGAGGACAGUUUCAGCAGAACGUUGGGAGGAAAACAGUUCAAUGAUGGUAAUACGUGGUGUUAAUUCAUUUUUAUUUUCAUUUCUUUACUUUUCUGCGUUAGCCACACGCAAGCAGGCAAGACAGAAAAACGUGAUCUCAGUGAGAUUGAUUUGGAAAAAAACUGCCCACCAAUCCCUCCCGUAAGCCAACAUAUUUCCCUAAUUGAGAUGUAAGUGUUAAUGUUGGCUUAGGGGAGGGGUUUUUCCUUUUUUUGUUUUUUGUUUUUCUUUUUUAUCGUAGAUCUUACUAUAGUAAUGAACAAUACAAUUCUCUAUGAAAUCAUUCUCAUUCCUCCUGGCAGGUUCCAAGCUCAUAAACCUCCCGCGACUUUCUGUCUUAAAGGAUGAUGGAUAUAAUUAUCUAGGAGUAUUUCUCGAGGGACAUCAGUCUUGGUACAUUUUACUUUCCCUUAGUUUUGCAUGUAAUUUUAGUUCGUGCAUGUGGACAAAUAAAGGCAAGAGAC